UUAUUUUGAGACCUGGUUUGUCGCGCUGGGUAAAACUAGCGGAAUAUUUUGUCGUGUCUCUCCCGGUUUCCAGUCCCAGAUGACCCAGAAAUGUUCGCGUUUGGUCGACCUAUCGCUGACGUGUCGGAAAACGCCAGGAUACCCUUAAACAUGCUGCCUCCUGGGCAGGAGAGCACGGCCUGUUGGAGAUCUAAUGUAGACGAGGCCCUGGACACUGAAUUACACCAUGUAGCAGAGAGAGGGGAUGCAACAGAGGUUAAGAAGCUGUUGUCUACAGAAGACGGUCAGGCCAGUGUUAACAGGAGGAAUGAUUACGGCUGCAUGCCUCUACACCUGGCAGCUGCUCGGGGUCACGAAGAGGUCAUCAGACUACUGGUCAGGACGGAAGCAAAACUCAACUUCCCUGAUGUAAAGGCCCAGACACCUGUCCUGUUGGCUGUGAAAGGAAAACAUGUCGGAUGUGUGAGGAUCCUCCUGGAGGCUGGAGCCAACCCUAACGGCUGGCAGAAUUCUCUCUGUACACCGCUGUAUCAGGCUGCCCUUGAUGGUUGUCUGGAGAUAGUGAGGGAGCUGGUGACCCACGGGGCAGACGUGGACCUGUCCCACAUCAGGGUGGGGCUGUUCGUGUGUACACCACUGUAUGGAGCCAUCAUUCACAAGAGACUCGACUGCUUCAAGUUCCUUCUCUGUUCAGGUGCUAACCCAAACUACAACAAAAACAGGGUCCAGAAGCUGUUUCCUGGUCGGGCUGUGCAGUCUUUUUUUCAUGCAGUUGUGAAGCACAAGUGCCCCCCUGAGUAUGCCCACCUACUGAUGGAGUUUGGAGCGGACCUUUACCAGCGAGAUGAGAUGGAUAAAACAGCCGGCGAUCUCCACUUCAAAUCUGACACUGUUGACUAUAUAAAAGAGCUAGCUGCAACUCCUAAGACGUUGAAGACCACUUGUCGUCUCUUCAUCCGAGGAACUCUUGGGAGGGAAGAUGUCCACCGACUACCAGAGCUCCCACUUCCUACAAAACUGGUCCACUACCUCAUGUACAAACCUGAGUGUGGAGAGAUCUUAGAACUGCAAUUAGAGACCUAGUCUCUCAUGUACAAACCUGAGUGUGGAGAGAUUUGAGAACUGCAAUAAGAGACCUAAUCUCUCAUGUACAAAGCUGAGUGUGGAGAGAUCUUAGAACUGCAACUAGAGACCUAGUCUCUCAUAGAUUAUGCAAAUCUGAGUGUGGAGAAGUCUUAGAACAACUGCAGUUGGGGACCCAGUCUCCUAUGUGCAAACUUAAGUGCGGAGAAGUCUUAGAUGCAGUUGGGGAGUUAUAUUCUAAGCACUAUGCAAACCUGAGUAUGGGAAGGUUUAAUUCGCAAGGAGGUUAAAAAAGACCUGCUUUGUUUUAGAUAGAAAAAUAUGCUAUGUCUUAUUUAUGAAUUAGAAAUUAAAUACCCUUUUAACAGUCGUGAAACGUUUUAGUAAGGUUGUAUUUUCCAUUGUUCUGUCGUCAAUGUUGAACUGAAAUGAAAGCUACGCAAAAGAAAAGGUAUUUUUACAUUAGCUGUGACAAAGAAGACAAUAAAAUACAGCAAUUGUAUUAAAUUAAUUGUUCAUAUCAUUUUGUAAGUACUUUGACCCAUACUUCAUAUCAUG